AUGUGUAUGCAUUCAGAAAUCAGGCAAAAACUCUGUAAAAGUUAUUUAGUAAGCUUUGGGCUUGUCAAUAUUAGUCUUGGCCUUUUAAGAUCUGGAGAUUAUGACACUAUUUUGGCUGCUUUAUCACUUCUGACUUCGCUACUCACUGUCAAAGAAAUCUCUGAAUUUAUUGAAUAUAAUGGAAUCCGCAUGAUUUCCAAGCUUUUACAGCAAAAAGAAGUGGAGUAUAUUUACUUUAUAUUACAGCUAAUUGAUUUAAUAUUAAAUUCAUCAAGAGAAAACAGGAAUCAAAUUUUGCAUAUUGGGCUUGCUGAUGCGCUGAAAUAUAAUAUUAAAAAUAACGCAGAACUACAAAAAUGUCCAAGACUGUUUGGCCAAGCCAAGCGCAUAAAAGACGAAAUUGAAGUUUUCGAAAGUGUCGUGGCAAAUAUGAACGCAUCUUAUUUAUUAUCUGGGUAA